AUGGCACCAUCUGCUUCCAAAAUGGACCAUGACAGGAAUCUUCUUCGAAUCGUCAUCGAUCACGGCACUGGAGAAGAGAAGAUCAGCGCCCAAUGGAUCCCGGCAGGUGCUUCACAGCGAAACCCGCCGCCUUUCACCAUUCGACUCAUGGGACAAGGUUCAGUCGUCCAGAAGGCUGUCCUCGAAGGCGAUCUUGGCGAUGGUCGUCUCAUCUGGGGAGAGCGCGACGUCAACUUGUGGUCAAGACACCAUCCGCGACAGACUGGCAAAGUCUGUCAGCUUUGGAAACUGGUAUUGCACAAGCGAUACAGAAAUACGCCAACAGGCAGAGCCGUUUUCAAGGCGAUUGGGGCUGAACAUGGUAAUAUGGAGACGUUUGAGGAGUUUCUCACAAUGCAGUUCAGACAAGUUCGGGAGAUGAUCAUCGAUCGACUGGUCAGUCACCAUUCCCACUUGGCAGGUCUAGAGCCCGGAGCCGAGGCCAGAGAGUACUGGGCCAACACCGUCCAGGUUGAGACUCUGCUCAUGGUUCCCGCUGGCUGGAGUCAAGAUGCACAAAGCAUCAUGGUGGCAGCAGCAACGGAUGCCGGUUUCAAUAACGUUGGACCGGUGUAUGAGUCGCUGGUGGCUGUCGCCUCCGAAGUUCAUUGUGCAGAAGAAAACAGACACGUAGCAGAAGGGCAUGUAAUCGUAACGACAGACAUCGGCAGAGGCACAGUGCUCGUUGGCAACCAUUCAACUUGCGGCAUGGCGGGUGGACAGCAGAUAAACGACUUUGGCGCAGCGUGGGUCGAAACUUGUCCUGAUGUCCUCAAGCACGGCAAGGACGUCCAUGAAGUGUGCAGACGUAUGGGCAUCACAAUCGAGGCUUUUCGGUACCGUGUGUCGGACGAGUUCGAGAGAGUAAAGCCAGACUUCCCCAACAAGAUGGAUUUCCAAUUGACCAUUCGAGCACCUGCCGGCUGGGACAAAAUCAACAACGGUCUUGCGAAGGUGGAUAUUGAUGUGCCUUGGUAUAUUGCAGUGUCUUUGGACAUGGUGUGGGAAUCUGACCAAAUGCAAAGGGAGAAAAUGAAGGAGUUCUUCGAUCAUCAGCUGAACAAAGUUACCAAGUUGCUCGACAGCCACUUGCUGCAACAUGCUGGUCAGAAAAUUCAUGGCGCCAUCUCAACCGCCGGCGGGGCCAAGAACGCCUACGUUCGACAGGAGCUCGAUGAAUACUUUCUCAAGAACAGGGGUUUCCGCUGCUUUGAUCCCCAAGACCGACAUCCCACCUGCCAUGCCGCCCUCCAGCAUUACCCAGAGAAUCACCCGCAGCAGCUUCCUGCCGGUGUUCUAUACAUUUGCCGUGGAGAGGAAUGGGACAAGAACAUUCACACCGAUGUCAUCCAGGGAAGUGGAUUGAUUAGGCGGAAUUUCGUGAAGACGGAUGGAGUCAAGAAGCGGACACGGAUCGACUGGGUGGAUGAUAGGCUCACUACCAUCAUGAGUAAGAGGGAUGGCGAACAGCCCACCGGCAGACGUGUGGUCAUGAUCUUCAACGUUCUGGCAUCGAAGCCUGGCCGAAUCACGUUCCCGCUGUUCCAUUCCACCAAUGCCCGCAAGGAGCACCAGCCGGCGUACCGCAAGGAUGGAGAACCACGAGCUGGCUUGACCAAAUGGACCGUGCGCUUUGCCAAUAUGACCGGCGACUUGGACAAGGACAAGCACAACUUCCCAGCCGUUGCCAUCAAUGGACGUGAUCACUACGUCGUGACCACAAUCGUUGCGAUUGAGGGCGACGACACUCAUUUGGACCUUGUCCUUCAAGUGAUCAAGGCCGACGACUUGCAAUACGACGAAAUAGGCCAAGCACGAGUUGACAUCGACUAUCAACCUUUGACUGAGAAGAGAAUAGAGGUUUGGGAUAGGUUCCGCUCUUACUUCCCCAUCAAAGACGAAGCGUGUCCAGAGUAUAAGGUCUCGCCAUUCUCAAAGGCUACGGAGAGGAACAGUCCGAUGGCCAAGCUGGAGCCAGAGCCAUCGCCAUCACCAAUGCCCAUUCGACGUCAGGCAGAGCAAAACCAUCAGUCAGCCUCCGCGAAUCCGACGUCUCGGUCUCCAAGUCAGCAGCGAGCGGACAGCGGCGUCUCCGUGUCCGCCAUGUCACAGGAGUCCAGCCUCUUCGUCAGCGACGUUGAAUCGUCCAGAGCACGAGAUGCCCAACCAUCCGCACAGGGGAAGCUGCUUCGUCCAAGAAAGCGAAAGCGUACUUCCCACCCCACAGUGACUCGUGCACAACGGGAUACGUGGGCAGUCGACACCGACGAAGACGAACUGUCGCUCGAGAGACCGGAGAAGUGUCAUGCGGUCACGCCGAAGGGACCCGCGAGUAAAGCCAAGCGUCCCGUGGGCAGAAGCACGAAGACCAAGGUUCAGGCACAAGGGGCAUCGUUGUUCUCACGCUUCGCGCGGAAGAGCGUUGGCGAGGACGACGAGGAUGAGGACGACGAGGAGACGAUCGCGGUCACGCCUCGGAAGACAGCGUUUCCAUCGACACUGCCAGUCUCGCCUUCGACUUCGCCAUCCUCGCCGCAGCCGCAGCAAUCGGGCCCGGCGUUGCCAAGGCAGUCUUCUGCAGACCUUAUGGCUAAUGUGGAUGAAGUGACGAGCUUUAUUAGUGUGGCCGACAUGUCGAGGUUUGUGGACGAUACUGAGAGUGGCCACUGGCCCGGUGGCGGCGGGUGGAGUCGUCGGAGGGGGUGA